AUGGAUGACGCAGAACUCGAGCAGAUUCGCAAGGCCCGCCUGGAGCAGCUGAAGGCGCAGGGUGGCGGCGGCCAGGGUGGUGGUGGUGGUGGUGGAGGUGCAUCUGGGCAAGGCCAGGCAGAGCAACGGCACACGACACGCCGCACAGCCGAGGCGCGCCGGGGCAUCCUCGACCAGAUCCUGCACCCCGAGGCGGCGGACCGCCUGGGCCGCAUCCGCAUGGUCAAGGAGUCGCGGGCGACCGAGAUCGAGAACCGGCUCAUCAUGCUGGCGCAGACGGGCCAGCUGCGGCAAAAGGUGACCGAGGACCAGCUCAAGGAGCUGCUCAACGCCGUGGCCGACAACAACCAGCAGGAGAAGAUUGUGGUCAAGAAGCACAAGAGGUGGGACGACGACGACGACGACCUGCUGGACCUGUGA